UCUCCGCAUGUGACGUGUGGGGUUUUUUUGUGCGGGAGCUUUUCCUCCUGCAGCUCUCCAGUGGCGGCUUUAAGGGGUCCCUCGUCCAACUUGCGAGCUGUUUCUGGCCGAGAAAAUGUCGCUGGACAACGAAGAAACGCAGACGGCGGAGGAGACGUCGCUGGGCGAGACGGAGGUGCAGGACAAGGCGGUCAGUCCUGAGAAGGUGGAAGAGGCUAAACUAAAGGCCAGAUACCCAAAUUUAGGAAACAAACCCGGAGGUUCUGACCUGCUUCGCAAACGCCUGCAGAAGGGGCAAAAGUACUUUGACUCUGGAGACUAUAACAUGGCUAAAGCGAAGAUCAAGAACAAACAGUUGCCAACAGCCGCACCAGAGAAGACCGAGAUUACGGGAGACCACAUUCCCACCCCCCAGGACCUGCCCCAGAGGAAACCCUCUCUGGUGGCCAGUAAACUCGCAGGCUGAUCCACAUUCAGCCCAGCCCCUGCAACAGCAUCCCCCCCCGUCCCCCGAGCCCCGAGCCCCAUACCCCACUCCACUCAAGUCUCAGAGCUGUAACGUUACCUCUCCCGCCCCCUCACACUUGCAUCAUUUUCACUCCAUACCAGCCUGGACCUCACAGAGCCAGAGACCAGCUAACACCCAGCAGAAUGUCUGAUAGUUUCAGAUCCCCUUUUCUUUUUGGUUUCAGCAUCAUCUGCUCCAGACUCCACUGUUUGCACUUCCAACCCCCCAAAACGGACUUAUUUCUCUUUGUUCCUUCCUGUUUUGCUUCUGUGGUCAGUUAAGAUACACGAUAAGACAGUGUGAGUAAUGGUCUGUGAGGUCUCUGAACAUUAAGAGGGGACCAAACCACAAGUGGCAUGUUUGAAAGGUUUGAGUAUGAUGUUCAGGAUCCUUCAGCUUGGAAGGGUGCGUGUGUGUAUUUACAUUUGUAUAUAUACACACACAGGGGUGGGUACUGGCCUUUUGGCAUGUUUUACGUCACGUUUCAGUUGUCAUUCACUUUCCGUAAUUUUUCUAAAUGAUCCUGUCCGUCUCCUUGAGGGAUACAAAGCACUAAUCCAGAAGCCAAGUCCAGAUUUGUUUAACAUACAAUACUUUAAUGUUAAGAUGUCAUAGGGAACUGCAUGUGUGGAGCAUGGCUCCCAAAGACAAACCUCACUCUGUCCCAAUUGAAGUCAUUGAAAGAAAGAACGAGCAAAUAUUCAAGCAAAAUGCUGAAAAGCUUGCACGCUAAACACAAGUACUGGGUAGAUGGUUCAUUCAAAACAUCUGGGAUCCAGUUUCAGCAGUGAAAUAAGAGGGGGGUGUUUUGUUGCUUCGGACUGAGUGGUAGUUUUGGAAGUUUCCACUGGAAUCGUGUUGUGCCGUGGCAUCUCUCUCUCAGCCCGGCACCACGGUCCUCCCGGGGGUCACGGCUGUUUCUGAAUGAGUCAUCCUAGUUUAUGAGGGGUGGAGGGGUAUAUGGGACCUGGAAGAUAAAUUCCUGCAAAUGAGGGACCUGUCUUUGCGUCCUUGUAUGCUGUGCAAGCAUAAAUAUAAGAUUUAAAAAAAUAUAUAGUAUGUACUAGGAACAAGUUGUGUAAUAACUUGGGGAAGGACCUUGUGUAAUUAUGAGUUGAAGUAGUUUUAUCUUAAAAUUGUUCUCAGCCCUGUGUUGUGCUUUUAAAUGGUCUUUACUGAUUUGGAUGCAAUUUACCAGUGAUGUGGUAAAUCUGAGCUAGCACUACAUCCAUGUGAGCUGUGCAUGUAUAUGGCUGCCCUGCUGUCACAAUGUGCCAUUUUGUUUUGUAAAUAAACUAGUUUUGCACAAAUCUUUAA